UUUGACACAGCUUUGGUUUCUGUACACAAAAACAAUCAUACCAUGAUUUUGUGAUUGUUUACUGUUUGUGUACUUGCAGCACUUACAAAAAGCAGGUGUUAGUUAUCAAAUUCUGUGGCUUGUGGGUCUGGAGGCUGAAACAAGGAAUCAUGAAGUUGGAGGUUCCGCAAAGCCUUGCAGAUGUCGCUGUUGAGUUUUCAGGAGAGGAGUGGAAGAUGUUAAGUAAACAGCAGAAAGAGCUACACAGGAACGUGAUGGUGCAGAACUAUGAGAACAUGAUUUCUGUAGGGUAUCAUAUCCCAGUGGAGCAUCUUUGCGUAUAUAUUAAGAAAGAUGAAACUAUCCUAUCUGCUGUCAGUGAAGGAGGCAUAGCAGUGCAGGCAAUGCAGCUUCCUGAUACCAGUAUCAGCAUCAACAGGAGCACAGAUUGUGCAGAGGUAUGGAGUCAGCAGUCAUCAGGCGGCAAAUGCCUUGAUUCUGAGCAUGAUAAAGCCUUGCUGGAGAAGAUCAUGAUUACAGGACAUCUGGUACCAAGUGAAAGCAAACAUCAUAACUGUAUUAUGGAAAACAAAGUUGAAUUUGGCAAGAAAACUGAAAUGGAAAUGCAUCUAGAACCUCAAGAAGGAAAAGAGCCAUGCAGGCUUAAUCAUAGUGAUAAUUUAAUGCUCCACGUUAGUGGCCUGACUGAUAAGUUAAUUCACAUUGGCAAAGGAAGAAUGAAUAUGCCAACAAUGCAUAAGCAAGUAUACAAUGGAAAAAAACAAUAUAAAUAUGCCAUACAUGACAAGGGUUUCACAGGUAAAGUAAAAUUAGCAGCAAAUAACAUUACUCAUACUAGACAGAAACACUUAAAAUGUACCAGCCAUGAAAAACAUUUUAAACAGAAGUCAAGAGUAGAAAAACAUCAGUAUACACACACUGAGCAGAAACCUUAUAAGUGUGCUACAUGUGGAAAGGGGUUUACACGGAAGGAUGCCAUGGUAAGUCAUCAGUACACACACACUGGGCCGAAACCGUACAAGUGUUCUACAUGUGGAAAGGAGUUUACACGGAAGGAUGCCAUGGUAAGUCAUCAGUACACACACACUGGGCAGAAGCCUUAUAAGUGUGCUACAUGUGGAAAGGGGUUUACACGGAAGGAUGCCAUGGAAAGUCAUCAGCAUACGCACACUGGGAAGAAACCUUACAAGUGUGCUAUGUGUGGAAAGGGGUUUAUACAGAAGGUUUCCAUGCUACAACAUGAACAUACCCACACUGGUCUGAAACCUUAUAAGUGUGCUACAUGUGGAAAGGGGUUUACACAGAAGGUUGCCAUGGUAAGACAUGAGCAUAUCCACACUGGUCUGAAACCUUAUAAGUGUGCUACAUGUGGAAAGGGGUUUACAAGCAAGGAUGUAAUGGAGAGACAUGAGCAUAUUCACACAGGUCUGAAACCUUAUAAGUGUGCUACCUGUGGAAAGGAGUUUAUACGGAAGGGUGCCAUGAAAAGUCAUCAGUAUACACACACUGAUCUGAAACCUUAUAAGUGUACUACAUGUGGAAAGGGGUUUACACCGAAGGCUUAUUUGAUAAGACAUGAACAUAUCCACAGUGGUAUGAAACCUUAUAAGUGUGCUACAUGUGGAAAGGGGUUUAUACUGAAGGGUACCAUGGUAAGACAUCAGUAUAUCCACAGUGGUCUGACACCUUAUAAGUGUGCUACAUGUGGAAAGGGAUUUACACAGAAGGAUACCAUGAUAAGACAUGAGCAUAUUCACACUGGUCUGAAACCUUAUAAGUGUGCUACAUGUGGAAAGGGAUUUAUACAGAAGGUUGCCAUGGUAAGACAUGAGCAUGUCUCUCACCCCUCCUGACCUCCUCUGAGCUACCCCCACUUUCUCUAUCCUUUCUCACCCAUAAGUCUACGAAUAUACUAUAUUACUCCCUCCUAUGCCUUACACAGCAUAGGAAUUUCUAAUCCACCCAAAAUUUUAAUUCCAUCUUCUCAGGUUGUUCAAAACCAAUUAUUAUUCUGUACUAUAAAGAUAGAUUGAUACUACUAACACUACAUCAACUUGAUCUUUGUUAAUAUUAGAGUAGUAUAAUAUAUUAGAGUUGUAUAAUACUUUUUACUUAAUUUCUGAUGAUCCUGCUUGUAUAAUUAUAGUAAGUCUGUAUUAGUUCAUAUUUGAUUGUUUUUGAUUUUUGUUUUGUUUUGUUUUGAUUUCAAUUUGUACAUCUGUAAAUGGAGCUUUUC